AUGGCAAAAAAUAUUUUGAGUGACUCUCAAAUAAUUGAUUUGAUGAAUUUUGAUAUUAGUGAUGAUGACUUGGAUUGUUCAGAUGUGGAAUUUGAUUUGAAUGAUGUUAUGAAACAUAUAGAUGAUGACACAACACCAUUGGUUUUCCAAGAUGAAUAUCAAGAGCUGCAGGAACAUGUGAAUCCACCAGAUUUACAAGUAGAAAAUGAAAACUUAGAUAUAAACAAUUUACCUAUUUUUAUUGAUGAUGAUUUGAUACUUGAUGUCAAUAUUGAUGAUAAUCUAAUAUCAGAUAUGAAUAAUGAUGAUAAUGUGAAUAAUGAUAGAAGUUUUUUUAUAAAUAAUCGUACUACUCAAAGCCAGGAAAAAAAUAGACAAAUAAAUAGUCAAAAAUAUUUGAAAUCUGAAUUAUCAAAACUAGAAUGGAGAGAAGCCAAUUUUUGUCCUGAUUCCCAGUUUUUAAACUUUGAACCUAUUCCACUUCCUACUGAAAUAUCAAAAUUGAAAACACCAAUUGACUUUUUUUCAUAUUUUUUUAACGACGACCUAUAUUCACAUAUACAAUCUGAAUCAAUUAAAUAUUCAGUUCAAAAAAAUAUUAACAAACCCAUAACUUUUACUACAAAUGAGUUAAAACAGUAUAUUGGAAUAACAAUAUUUACAUCUAUUGUUCAAAUUGCUAAUGUUAGGAAGUAUUGGAGCUCUAGAGUCGGAUAUCCUCCUAUAAAGUGUACCAUGGGGCAGAAACGUUUUGAACAAAUAAAGAGCAUUAUUUAUUUUAAUGAUAAUGAUACAGCUCUCCCAAGAAAUCAUGAGGACCACGAUAGAUGUCAUAAGCUCAGACCUAUAUUUGAUCAUUUAAAUAAACAGUUUUCUAGCAUUCCUCUUGAAAGAGAUUUAGCUAUAGAUGAGCAACUGUGUGCCACAAAAGCACGCAGCUAUUUAAAACAAUAUUUACCUUUAAAACCACAUAAGUGGGGAUAUAAGUUUUUUGUUUUAUGUAGUAGUAAAGGAUAUGCAUACAACUUUGAAUUAUACACUGGUCAAGAAAAUUUUGAGAAAUUUAGACUUAACACUGAACCUGAUUUGAUGGCUAGUGCCAAUGUUGUUGUAAGACUCAGUAGAAUAAUUCCGGAAAAAAAAAAAACCACAGACUCUACUUUGAUAAUUACUACACUACCAUACCACUUGUACAAUACAUGGCAAAAAAAGGUGUUUUAA